AAUGGAAACUAUCCCGGUCGAUGACACCAAAGCCGCGCGCAAAAUAAAACUCCCCCAUCCCAAAUUCGCAAACCCUAACUACAGAACCCACUUCACACAAGUUUGAUUUUCGCGGCAACAAUGGCGUAUGGUGGUGGUGCGGGUGCAGGUUCAGGUUCAGGUGCAGUUGCAGGUGGUUCGAGUACAAUUAAGCAAGUCAAAUUGGAAAGAGAAAGCGAACUGAGAAUUGAAGUCGGUAACGACGCACCUCUUCGCCUUCGACUCCUUAACGGCACUGCUGAGAUUUUCGGCACUGAACUCCCCCCUGAAAUCUGGCUCAAUUUCCCUCCCAGGCUCAAGUUUGCUGUGUUUACUUGGUACGGUGCGACGAUUGAAAUGGAUGGUAGUACCGAGACUGAUUAUACUGCGGACGAGACGCCGAUGGUUAGCUAUGUAAAUGUGCAUGCUGUGUUAGAAGGGAGAAGAAGUCGAGCUAAGGCUUCGCCUUCAGAUGAUCCUGAGUCUUCGCAGGGCCCUAGGGUGAUUGUUGUAGGACCUACAGACUCUGGAAAGAGUACCUUGUCAAGGAUGCUUCUUAGUUGGGCAGCUAAACAAGGUUGGAAGCCUACUUUUAUUGACCUAGAUAUUGGCCAAGGAUCUAUAACAAUUCCUGGAUGCAUUGCUGCUACUCCAAUUGAAAUGCCCAUUGAUCCCGUGGAGGGAAUCCCUCUUGAAAUUCCUCUUGUUUACUUUCACGGGCACUCAGCUCCAAGUAAUAAUACUGCCGAGAUAUAUAGAGUUAUUGUCAAGGAGCUUGCGGGGAUACUCGAGAGACAAUUUGCUGGAAAUGCUGAGUCCCGAGCUGCAGGAAUGGUGAUAAAUACUAUGGGAUGGAUAGAGGGACUAGGCUAUGAAUUGCUAUUGCAUUCAAUCCGUACAUUCAAGGCCAAUGUGGUCCUUGUUUUGGGUCAGGAAAAACUGUGCAGCAUGCUCAAAAACGAGCUCAAGGGGGAGCCUAAAGUAGAUGUUGUGAAACUUCAGAGGUCAGGCGGCGUUGUAUCUAGGAACUCAAAAGUCCGUCAAAAUGCCAGAAGUUAUAAGAUAAGGGAAUACUUCUAUGGCCUUGGAAAUGACCUUUCUCCACAUUCUAAUAUUGCAAAUUUUAGUGACUUGUUUGUUUAUCGAAUUGGUGGUGGGCCACAGGCCCCUCGCUCAGCCUUGCCGAUUGGUGCAGAACCUGCUGCAGAUCCAACCAGACUCGUUCCUGUAAAUAUAAAUCAUGAUUUGCUUCAUGCAGUCCUUGCUGUCUCAUUUGCCAAGGAACCCGAUGAGAUCAUUUCAAGCAAUGUUGCUGGCUUUAUCUACGUAACAGACAUUGACAUUCAGAGAAAGAAGAUAACCUACCUUGCACCAUCUGCUGGAGAACUUCCAAGCAAGUAUUUGAUUAUUGGAAAUAUAACAUGGCGAGAGACAUGAACUAGUUAACAGUUUUGUACUAGGAAAUUUCAGUAAUUGAUAUUUUCUCCAAUCUCAUGUAUCAAUGUAAAAUUUAAAUGUAAUUGAAGACCCUGUUCUGACCUUGUCUUUUGUCAUGGAAUAUCCAAUUUAUAAUCUUUGUGCC